AAGUCAGCAAAGUCAGUUGGCAUUCUGCCUUCAAACACACGGUUCAUACAAAUAUUAAUAUUUCAUAUUCAAACCACCAUAAAAUCACGUUAACCAAGUUUUAAAUUUUCUGCUUUCUUUUUCUAUUUAAUUAUUUUGUUUCUCAUUUACUCUUUUUUUUUUUUGCAUAUAACAUUUAUCUAUUUACAUUUUUUUUUUCUUUUUAUUCACACAUCGUUACUCAAAAAACCGUGUUAAAUUGAUCCUGUAAUUUGAAUAAUUCGAUUAACCGUGAAAUAUAAAUAUACACAUUCACAUAUAAUAAAAGUCAACUGUAAUCUAACCCAUUAUUAUUAAUUUAAACGUAUAAAUUUAAUUUAAAUUUUAAAAUUAACUUGUCAUAUUUAUAUUAUAUAUAUUAUUUACGACAAAUAAUUAUUAUGUUAAUUUAUUAUUGUAAUAAUUUUAAAUUAUGUGUUUAUGUGAAUGAUUAAUACGUAUAUACAAUUACAGUUGAUGUGAUUAUUUAAAAAAAAAGAAAAAUUAAUUUAAUUAAAAAAUAAUUUAAUUAAACAAGUGUCAUUUAUUCAUAGACACACUUGUUAAUUUAUUUAAUAAAUUUUAAUAAUGUUACACAUGGAUAAUGAAGAAUCACAAAUAAUUGUGGGAUCAUCAGAAUCACCACAAGAUUUUACAGUGUCAAGAUUAUUGUCAACACAAUCACACAUAAUUGAUGAUGGAGUAAAUAGAGGUGGUGGUCGUAGACCAAGAAGAAGCAGAACAACAUUUUCAGCUCAACAAUUAGCAGCAUUAGAAAGAGUAUUUGAAAGAACACAUUAUCCAGAUGCAUUUGCAAGAGAAGAACUAGCAACAAGAGUUGCACUUUCAGAAGCAAGAGUACAGGUUUGGUUUCAAAAUCGUCGAGCAAAAUUUCGUAGAAAUGAAAGAAGUUCAACACUUGGUCGUUGUGUUACAACAAAUAAUGAAGGAGAAACAAGUUUACCACUACGUCCAAUAAGAUUAAAUCACACACAAGAUAUAAAUUUACAAUCAAAUCAUCAAUUAUCACCAUCAUCAUCAUCAUCAUCAACUCCAACAACAACAUCAACAACAACAGCAACAAUAUCACCACAAAUACCACAAUAUACAUAUAGUGAUUAUUGGAGAUCAACACAACAUUAUCCAACACCACAAACAACAACUUGUCAUGGUUUUACAAAUAGUAAUAUUGGUUUUUCAUCUUAUCAUCAAACUGAAUCACACAAUACCAUUGAUAAUAAUACAAUAAAUAGUAUAAAUGCACUUAGACUUAGAAAUCAUCCAUAUGGUACAAUUUAUCCAGCUAUGCAUGCUAGCAUGUAGCUAAAAUUAUUAUCUUAUAUAUUGUUUAUUAAAAAAUUUAGACUGUUAGAUUAGUCAAUAAAUAAAAAAAAAAUAAUAAAUUAAUAACAGGGUAAUUAUAAUAAUAAAAUAUAUAACAAUUAAUUUUAAUUAUAUAUAUUAAUAAAACAAAUCAAAAUACCAAAAAAAAAAAAAAAAAGAAAA